AUGGCAACCCUUUCUUCUUUCAAAGCAACACGCCUAUCAUGGAAGCUCUUCUUCCUUUUUCUUUGCUUCACAAUCCUCCUGGUUGGCCCAAGCUCUGCGACCAGCCGCGGGAAAACGAUAAUGCAACCGGAGCAUCACCGGAAAAAGUAUGAUGUAGGUUCAAAGAAUCCCGGCUUGCUUUUCAGUAUGCUACCAAAAGGGAAACCUGUCCCUCCUUCUGGUCCUUCAAAACGGCACAACUCAGUGUUCCUGGAGUUUUGCUGA